UCUGGCAAGCUGACAGAGACGACGUGUUUUUAAUUUGUUUUCAUUUAUUCGAAGAAAAUAUAAAUAUUUAUUUUGUAAAUAUUUUUAUUGUUUAAUAUUAAAAUAAGUAAAUUCAAAAAAUGGCUCCCAAUAUACCAGACAGAUGGCUUGACUAUAAACCCGUUGGAGAAAUUGUUAAAGGGACAAGAUUUAUAGCCUUCAAAGUACCACUGAGAGAGCAUAUCGUUAAAUUCGUACCAUCCGACAUACGUUUAGACUGUUAUUCACUUCUGGAUAAAAUUCCUGAUUUAGGAUUGAUAAUUGAUUUGACAAAUACUAAUCGUUAUUAUGAUCCAAAUACUUUCCGACAAAAGGGCAUUGGCUAUGAAAAACUUAUGAUUCCAGGUCAUCAAUUACCUCAACGACAGUUUGUAGAAAAGUUCAAUACGCUGGUAAACAACUUCCUACAACAAAAUGCCAAUAAUGUUAAACUGAUUGGUGUCCAUUGUACACACGGUGUAAAUAGAACUGGCUAUCUGAUUUCAAACUUUAUGAUAUCUGAGCUGAAAAUAAGUCCAAUAGAAGCAAUAAAGUCUGUCGAAGAAGCUCGUGGUCACGCUAUAGAACGUCUUAAUUAUCGAAAUCAUCUCUUGGAUGUUAAUACAACUGCAACGGGACAAACUACAGGAUCAACUUAUAACGAAUCCCACCGUUUCUAUAAUGAUUCAUCACAAAAUUCGAAUUCACGUCGUUAUGACAAUAAUAAAUCAGAAAUGCCCUCAAAUAACCGGACUUUGGAAAAUUGGCGAGCUCCUCAAUCCAAUUCAAAUAAUCCAGCACAAUCCGAAAUAUCAUUCGUAGCAAGCAAAUAUCACAAUAAUCCAUUUUCACAACGUAGAUGUUCUAAUGAAAGAAAUAAUGAGAUACAUCAUUUUGAGCAUAGAAGUUCAUUUGAUAGAAAUGAGGAUCAAGGACGCUUAGAUAAUUGGCGUGUUUCGCAAUCGCAUUCCAAUAGUACAAUGCCAUUAGAUAGAUUCUUGCCAGAAAAUAGAAUUGAUGUAAAUGAAAGAAGGUCAACGCAAAAACGUUAUUAUGAUAGAAAUGAAAGAGAUGAGAGGCAAUUUUCGCAUCGCAGAAAGCCUUAUGAAAGAGAUGAUGGACACUACCACCGGUACUCGCAGUAUAAAAGAAUAAAUGGUAGAAACGUGGGACAGGACUCUCCUCCUCCGGACGGAUUAUCUCAUGAGAGAUAUGAAAGACAAUACUGCCAGUCUCGAGACCAAAUUCCUCAUGAUGAAGUUGAAAGACAAUAUUCUCAGCCUCUGGACCGACUUUCUCAUGAUAGAUCUAAAAGACAAUAUUCUCAGUCACAGGACCCAAUUUCUCAUGAGACAGAUGAGCGACAAUGUUCUCAGGAAAGACCUUUAAGACCAAAUUGUUCAGGACCAAAUGUCUCAUGAGAUAGAUGAGCAGAAACGUCUAAGUUUUGGGAGAUAAUUUCUCGCAACAUAAGUGUUGUCUCCUCAAGAGACAGAUCUGACUACAAAAUUAGAGACAUUAAUCCAAUUUAUUUUGUUAUAUAUUUUUAAUUUUUUGAACAUAAAUGCUUAUAAACACAGAAUAAUUGCAGCCAAAUCACUUUUUUAAGUAAUGAGUUGAUAAAUUUAUUUUUAAAUAAAGAACAUUAUAUUCUUAUGAUA